AUGAGUGGUCUUAUUAUCCUAGUCUUUGAACGUAACAACUUGACGGGAAAUAUUCUCCCUGAGAUUGGUAAGCUUAGACGACUCCAAGGGCUGUUAAUACGUAACAGUAAAUUGCGGGGACAUAUUGCGGAGGCGGUAUGCCAUUUAUCUAAUUUGGUCAAAUUAGAUAUGGAUCGUAAUGAGCUCACAGGAGUGAUCCCGGAAUGUUUAGGAAAUCUUAGCAUGAUGCAACACCUUUAUUUGGGUUGUAAUAAAUUUUCAUCAAAAUUGCCGUUGAGCCUUUGGAAAAUGAAAUGCCUUCUCUUUAUAAACGUGUCACGAAAUUCUAUAGAGGGAGAAAUUCCAGAAAAUAUUGGAGAACUGAAGGCCAUUGUAGAUCUAGAUCUUUCCUGUGAAAUACCUGCGGAUGGUGUGUUUGCGAAUUUCACUCUGCAAUCAUUUCUUGGGAACAAAGAUUUAAGUGGAAUGCACAUUUUGGAGAUUCCUGCUUGCCCUAUUGAUAUGAGUACCAUGGCUGCCACUAAUCUCGAUGCCACAUUCGAUCGCAUCAACGAUGAUAUUGAAGAAAUGAAAUGGUACGUAGAAAGUCUACGCCAAUUGUUAGCUAAACUUAUCCCAAAAAUCCAACUUUCCUUGUCCAAACCCCGUGUACCGAGAGCUUCCUGA